UUGUCGCCGGACCAAUGAAAUAAGUGGUGGUCCAGGAUGUCACAGGAACCGGAAAGGGGCGGUGCUUGGGACGGCUGGCUUGUCGCCGGACCAAUGAGAUAGCGGUGGUCCAGGAUGUCACAGGAAAGAGGAAGGGCGGUGCUUGGGACAGGUCUCUAGUCGCCGGACCAAUGAGAUAGCGGGCGGUCCACGAUGUCACAGGAAAAAGGGUGGUGCUUGGGACGGCUGGCUUGUCGCCGGAACCAAUGAGCGGGUGGUCCACGAUGUCCCGGGAAAGAGGAAGGGCGGUGCUUGGGACGGCUGGCUUGUCGCCGGAACCAAUGAGAAAGCGGGUAUUUUAGCGGGUGGUCCAAAAUGGCACAGGAACGGGGAAGCUGCGGUGCUUGGGACAGCUGGCUUGUCGCCAGAACCAAUCAGUGCACAGGAAGCAGCAUCCCUGCACCACCUUUCUGAAUAGAAGCCAGAAGACUGGCAGCAUCAACUGCCAGUGCCAGCAAAGCCGCUGUAUCCAUACUUCAGCAAACCUCAGGGUACUUGCAGAAUACACGCUAGAUUCCCCUGACUUCCAGAGAGGUACCACGGCAAGAGGCUGUGGGAAACCCAGGACAUGCUGCCUUUCUACAUGGAAUUGGUUUUAGAAUCCUUUGCGUCUUAGGAAAAUUCUUAGCUAAUAAGUAUCUUAGUAUUAGGUCUGUCUAGAGGGUGGGAGUGAUGGCUGUGGCUCUAUUAGAUGACUGGUGUAAGGGGAUGGACCUGGAUCCCAAGAAGGCGGUGCUCAUUGUGGGCAUCCCUGUGCAGUGCAGUGAGGCUGAGAUAAAGGACACUCUGAAGGAAGGCUUACCUCCUUUGUGUGCUCACAAGGUGAUAGGUAGAAUGUUCAGGAGGGAAGACAAAGCUAAGGCAGUCUUAAUUGAACUGACAGAAGUUGUCGAUUAUACUAUGAUGCCCACUCAUAUACCAGCAGCAGGGGGGCCCUGGGAAGUGGUAGUCAAACCCCGUAGCCCAGAUAAUGAGUUUAUCAAUAAGCUGAUCUACUUUCUGAAAGAUGAAGGACGGAGAAUGGUAGAUGUGGCCAAAGCCCUGGGGUUUAGCACUGCCCCUACAAUGAGCAUGGAGCUAAGGAAUUCAGACCAAGACAAAUCAGAAGGCUUGAAGUCUCUGUGCAGUAGUGUGUGUUACCGAAAACUUAAAGUGUUUUCUGGCAGUCCCUUUCCAGGCCCAGGAGAGGAGACCUUUGAAACCUGGUUAGAGGAGGUCACUGAGAGGAUGCAGUUAUGGCAGGUGGGUGAGGAGGAGAAGAAGCGGCGCCUUCUAGAGAGCCUGCGGGGCUCUGCCCUGUCAAUUAUGCAGGCACUAUGGGCUAGCAAUGACUCCCUAACUAUGGAGCAGUGCUUGAAAGCACUAAAGCAGGUCUUUGGGAAUAAAGAGGACUGUAAGAUCUUACAGUUCCGAUGUGUUCAGAAUCCGAUUUCCUCUCAGAAAGCUGCAGAGAAGCUGUCUGACUAUUUGCUGCGCUUAGAGCCCCUCCUGCAGAAAGCAGCGCAGCAGAGCCCCUUGGUAGCACAGAGCACAGACUCGAUUCGCCUCCAGCAUGUCUUAUCUCGAGUGUCCCUGACCACUGGCCUUAGGAGCAGGCUGUCCCUCUUAGAUCAGCAAGGAUGCCCACCCACUUUUCUGGAGUUAAUGAAACUCACUCAAGAUGAAGAAGAGUGGGAGACUAGCAUGGUGGCGAAGGAGGAGCAGAAUCAGGCUGGGAAGGAAAGCAGGGCCUGUGAGGCAGCAGAAGAUCAGGUUAUCACCCAGGCAGGGUUCUUUCGGGAGAUAAGCACCCAGACCACAGGAGAGGAAGUCAUAUCAGUGAAACGGAGGCGACUGCUAUGGAGACCCAGUGCUGGGGAGGAGGGGCUUCUGGGGCAAUCAAGUUUGGGGGCUAAAAAUGAACCUGAGGAGCAGAAACCCCAUGUUGUAGCUCAGGAGUUGGGAAACGAGAGAGGGGCUGGGGCUAUGAGCCACCCCAACCCCAGGAAAAUAUAGGCUCAAGAGAUCCAGAAAUUCCUUCUUCUAGCAGGCAACAAAGAUACCUUGGCAAAAUGAUAGGGCAGCCCAGACAUGGCAGGGGACUUAAGUUGUACAGAAGGGCAAGAUGGCCAGGGCCAGGAUAAGGCACCUCACAGGCCACUAAUUAGAAAUGAUUCUAACAAGCAAAAACAAGGUCCACCUAGCUCAGGGACUACCAUUUCCCAGGCUCGUGGAGAGUACCAGAAAAAGAAAUGGGGAACUACUAUAGCCGAACUUCAGGGUGAUCCUAACUCCAGUUGGGAUGCUAGUGAAUCGAAGGAUGAAGGUAGUGAGGGCAGUGACUCUGAGCUAAGAAUGCCCACUGGCACUGAAGCAAGACAGGGCUUGGAGGAACCGAUCACAGGGCUGUCUUGGCCAGAGAGAACCAAUGCCUGGGGGGAAGUGCAGCAAGGCCGGGAGACAGUGCUCCGGAGAGGAGGCCGCAGGAUCCAGCCCGUCUUCAGGAUCAUCUACACUGCCCUAGGGGAGCCUCACGAGGGCAGCACCCUUGAGUCCUUUCGUGAGUGAAACACCAGGGUCCCUGGA